AGUUUUUUCCAAGAGUAUUUUGUAAAGAGUCAAAAUUAGGGUUGUUAGUCGAUUAUCCCGCAUUUCUUUGCCCUUGUUGAAAAACAUAGGGACUAUGGCCGAAGGAAAAGUGGACAAAUUGAUCAGGUGUGAUUGGAGCCUUGGCUGUGAAGAGGAAAUUGUCUACCAUGAUAAGGAAUGGGGUGUUCCAGUUCACGAUGAUAGGAUUCAUUUUGAAUUUCUGACGCUUGAGGGUGCCCAAGCGGGAUUAAACUGGAGAACCAUUCUAAAGAAGAGAGAAGCUUAUAGAGAAGCUUUCGACAAUUUUGACGUUGAGAAGAUAGCGGAAUACAAAGAAGAAAAGAUUGAAAAUCUUAUGAAAAACCCCGGAAUAGUAAAGCAUCGACUAAAGAUCAACUCUACGGUUAAGAACGCAAAAUUGUUCUUAGAUAUACAGAAAGAGUUUGGAACGUUCGACAGUUAUGUUUGGAAAUUUGUAGACAAUAAGAGAAUUGUAAACAAAUGGGAAAAGACUGGAGAUGUUCCAGCAACCAGUAAAGAAUCGGAUCAAUUGAGUGCUGAUCUUAAGAAAAGAGGAUUUAAAUAUUGUGGAUCAACGAUAAUGUAUGCUUAUAUGCAAGCCUGCGGUCUGAUAAAUGAUCAUCUAGUUACGUGUUUCAGAUAUGGUCAAGUAUAACUCGUAUAUUGUCGCUAAUACAAAGCUAUGACUUGUUAUCUGCAACUCUUCGUUUGAUAAUGGUACGAGACGAUAUCCAGGUUUAUUUAAGGUAGAAUGUUGAUCUUUAGUUAUUCUUGCAGGAGUAUCUCUUUCCUUCUUGAGCAUUGCUAUACUUUCUUCCUAUGUUCUAUAAACCUUGCUUUCGGAGUCGAAUAAUCUCUUUCAAGUUCUCCAUUACCAAGCAUUUCAAUCGUUUUCCAAAGAUAAAUCAAUAAGGAAUUCCUGAUUUGAAGUGUACGGAAGUAACGGAGGAAGCUGCCAAACUGCAAUCUGCCUUUUGAGCCUAUUGGUUUUUGUUACUACUAAAAUUGUAGUAAGGUCCAAGAAUCAUAUCGGAAAGCGCAACGUUUUCUACAUCAUCCUCAAUAUGUAAAGCAAUCAUAUUGAUCAUCAUCGGUUCAAUCGUUGUUGUUCUAGAAAACUAUCCUAAUUAGUUUUAGAGUUAGUUGCCCAAACUUCAAUGCCAACCUGUAUCCGUCCUUUUUGUCGGUGCUUUCUUUAGUAAGAUCACUGGAUUUAUUCUUCUCUGCUUGUUUAAAAUGGAGAAGUGCAAACUAGUAAACUAGUAUUUCCUUUGCAGGAUAUAAACUGGUAAAUAUAUUAUGAAUAAAUAUAAUUUAUAACACUGAGAGUUUUUUUUAGAUAUUUAGUCUUGUUGAAUUUUCCAUCCAGUAGUAAAAGAGAUUCAGUGGUUUUUGUAUAUUACUUAGUCGAUUUCUCUUUUAAAGCUAAAAUAUAAAAAUUUUCAAUAUAAUUAGUUGCUUGUUCUUUCAGUGGGGAAGUCAUCGAUUAAUAUUUAUAGUUUUAUAUUUUUUUAUUAGUAUUUCAUUUUCUAACCUG